AGAUUGGGUACCGUACAAGUAUAAAAAGGGCUAAGGGACCUUCGUUGGGACACCCAGGCUUCUUUGAAACACACCGAAAGCACACCAAAAGCGUGACUUGCUAUUCACUCUCACUCUCCAAACAUUUUCUCGCACUUUCUUUCGGCGCAAACACACUUUGCUAUAGCUUAGGGCAAAGAACCUAUUCUCCUCCCCUCCUCUUUAUCUCUUUGAAACGCGGCGUCUUGUCCAGAGAAUGUUGGACCCCAUGGACCUCCUUCGAUCCAACCUCUCUCGUGUCCGAAUUCCUGAGCCCACUAAUCGCAUCUACAAGCAAGAAUGCUGCGUUUCGUUUGCUACUCCGAAAUCCGAAGGUGGAUUGUUCAUUGACAUGAGUACGUUUCUUGCGUUUGGGAAGGACUGUGUGGACUGGAACUAUGAGAAGACUGGAAAUCCUGUUUAUUUGCAUAUAAAGCAGACCAAGAAAUUAGUUCCUGAAGAUCGGCCUUUGAAGAAACCGACACUUUUGGCUAUAGGUGUUGACGGGGGAUUUGACAAUAAUGAACCUGAAUAUGAAGAAGCUCAUAAUAUAGUCAUAUUGCCUAGUUACGUAUCUCUUCCAUUUCCAUCUGUGGAGUUGCCGGAGAAGGUAAGGUUGGCAGUUGAUGCCAUCUUAAUGGCUGAGGGUGCUGAGAGAAAAGAGCAACUUGCCUUGUGGACAGCUGAUAAGAAGGAAAUCAGUGCUUAUGCCAUGAGUCUGCAGCAGAUUGACAAUGGUGUCAUUAUUCCUCGAUCAGGGUGGAAAUGUUCCAAGUGUGAUAAAACUGAGAAUCUUUGGUUAAAUUUGACUGAUGGAAUGAUCCUUUGUGGGAGGAAAAAUUGGGAUGGAACUGGUGGCAACAACCAUGCCAUUGAGCAUUACAAGGAGACAGGCUACCCUCUUGCUGUGAAGCUUGGUACGAUAACUGCUGAUCUGGAAGGAGCAGAUGUUUUCUCUUAUCCGGAGGAUGAUAGUGUUUUGGACCCCCUUCUAGCACAGCAUUUGGCAUUUUUUGGUAUUGAUUUUUCAUCAUUACAGAAGACUGAAAUGACUACUGCUGAAAGGGAACUUGACCAGAAUACCAAUUUUGAUUGGAACCGAAUUCAAGAAAGUGGACAAGAAGUUGAACCACUAUUUGGACCUGGCUAUACAGGACUUGUCAAUCUUGGAAACAGUUGUUACUUGGCAUCAACCAUGCAAGUUGUGUUCUCAACACAGUCCUUCCAUUCACGAUAUUACUUGAGCCAAAGUUUGAAAGCAGCUUUUGAGACUGCUCCUGCUGAUCCAACUGUAGAUCUGAACAUGCAAUUGACAAAAUUGGCUCAUGGUAUGCUAUCUGGUAAAUACUCAUUUCCAGCAUCAGAGAAAAUUGAUAUUGCAAAUGCUGCAGCCCCCAUGUCAAGUUCUAAACAAGAAGGCAUACCCCCUCGUAUGUUCAAGGCAGUUAUUGCUGCCAGCCAUCCUGAAUUUUCUAGUAUGAGACAGCAGGAUGCCUUAGAAUUCUUUCUGCAUUUGCUUGACCAAGUUGAACGAGUUAAUGCUGGGCACCCUGAAUUGGAUCCCUCAAGGAGCUUCAAGUUUGGUAUUGAGGAGCGACUUUUUUGUCCAUCCGGAAAGGUUGCUUAUAAUAGAAGGGGGGAUUAUAUUCUUUCUCUAAAUAUUCCACUGCAUGAAGCUACUAAUAAAGAUCAGCUAGAAGCCUUUAACAAACUGAAGGCAGAAAAGAAAGCAGAGGGGAAAGAAGUAUCUGGUGAUGAAAUCGUUCGUCCAAGGGUGCCUCUUGAAGCUUGCCUAGCAAGCUUUUCAGCUCCAGAGGAGGUUCAUGGUUUUUACAGCACUGCCUUGAAGACUAAAACAACCGCAGUCAAGACUGCUGGUCUAACUUCAUUUCCUGAUUAUUUGGUGUUGCACAUGCGGAAAUUUGUUAUGGAGGAAGGCUGGGUGCCAAAAAAGCUUGAUGUCUACAUAGAUGUUCCUGAUAUCAUUGAUAUUAGUCACAUGCGUAGCAGGGGCAUUCAGCCUGGGGAAGAGCUAUUACCAGAGGCUGUUGAUGAGGGUAAGGUGGAGUCAGAAAAGCUCUUGGCCAAUGAGGAGAUAGUUGCUCAACUUGUGUCAAUGGGAUUUAACCAUCUUCAUUGCCAGAAAGCUGCUAUUAACACGUCUAAUGCUGGAGUGGAAGAGGCGAUGAAUUGGUUGCUAUCACACAUGGAUGAUCCAGAUAUAGAUUUUCCCAUUUCUCAAGAGGCAGAAAAUGCUGAGGCCUUGUCAUUUGUGGACCAAUCAAAAGUUGAUACUCUGAUUUCAUUUGGUUUUCAGGAAGACAUUUCUCGGAGGGCAUUGAGAGCAUCGGGUGGUGAUAUUGAGAAAGCAACUGAUUGGAUAUUUAGCAAUCCUGAUGCUGCUAGUUCAUCAGAUAUGGAUGCUACAACAAGCAGUACUCCUACUGCUGAUGCUGGAUUGCCUGAUGGAGGAGGAAGAUACCGACUUAUUGGGCUAGUGAGCCACAUUGGAACCUCAACCCAGUGUGGUCACUAUGUUGCUCAUAUAUACAAGGAUGGAAGGUGGGUUAUUUUCAACGAUGACAAGGUUGGGGCUUCUAUUAAUCCCCCCAAGGAUAUGGGAUAUUUAUAUUUCUUUGAGAGACUGAGCAGUUGAGUGACAUGAAAGAUUGUCGACAUUUGCAAGAUGCUGUGAGUUUCUGGAAUCUCAGUGGUACUUGCUUAUGGUUGUUGCCUGUAGAAUGACUGAAGACAGCACUGGCCGGGUGGUGUGAUAAAACUCUUUACCCUUUGCUUUGCAGUACUUAUGAGUUUCUUAAAAUGCAGUUCUCUGGAAAUAGGGUCAUGGUUUUUUGGGCUUAUGACUAUUUCUGAAUUCUUUUUUAAUUAAAUUGUGGGAAUAACAACUUAAAAAAGGCCGGAAUGUCAUUCAUGAAAAAUUUUGUACCCAUUACUUGUUUCUGUCUGACCAGAUUUGAUCAACAUUUUGCCGGAUCAUCAAUUGAAAUGGUAUAUUGUAAA